AUGAAGACGGUAAGAACAGAUAGGAAGGAUUGGUCGAAUAAAUUGGAUGAUGCGUUGUGGGCAUACCGAAUGGCUUACAAGACUCCGAUUGGCACAACGCCUUACUGGAUGGUGUAUGGAAAGGGUUGUCAUUUGCCAAUGGAGUUAGCGCAUCGGGCUUAUUGGGCAAUCACUACGGUUAAUGCGGACUACAACGAAGCGGGGAAGAUGAGAAAGCUACAAUUGUGUGAAAUUGAAGAGCUUAGAGACGAGGCGUAUGAAUGUGCUUCGGCGUAUAAAGACAAACUCAAGAAGGUGCAUGAUGCAAAAUUGCGGAAGAAAACGUUUGAAGUGGGUCAAAAGGUUUGGUUGUAUAAUUCAAGACUCAAGAUGUUCGCGGGUAGAUCCAUUGUGAGUGGUGAAGCUAUGGAGUCGGAUACGACAUACUACCAUCAUAAGGUGGUAGAGAAGUAUAAUCCACAUGUUGUGGAUCCACCACCACCGGCCGCCCUGCAUGCCAAUCCGCGUGCAUUCUUCUAG